GCUUCAUUUAUCAUCCCUGAUUGACUCCCGGCUUUCACCUGCUGGUGCCACAGUGUGACCACGGUCUUCAGCUUGGUCCUGAGCACUGCUCAGUCUGAUUAGUUUCUGGGGAAGCGCUGCAGAAUCCUCUCCCAAAGUAAUCUGAUUACUGGAGCGGCGGUGCGCUCCGGCGUCUCCAUAAAAGUUGGUGCGCGCAGCGCCGAGCUGUCAGACUGCGAAGAUCCGCUGCAGAGCAUCCACCUCCGCCGGGGCUAAAUGCAGAGACCCGGAUACGUCACGCUUUGAUUAUUUAUUUAUUUAUAAUUUUUUUUUUUGCGUGCGUUGAUUGUCAGAAAGCUGCCGGGUGUUGAUCACGACCCCCCUCCUUUCCCGUCCGAAGGCGCACCGACAGGACGCAAAUCACGCAGCUCCAGCGUGGACUUAACGGAGCUGGGACACGAGCAGCGCGGGUUGGGACUGCGAUGGAUCAGACGCUCUUCUUUUAGAAAAAACCCAGAUCUCACUGCUGAGGUGCUUCGCUUUCACCUGGAGGUGCUCGUCUCUCUCUCUCUCUCUUUACAUAAAUAAAAGACAAGACGCCGCUCCCUCGGUUCGCCCUUCCGCCCGUUCUGGAUGCAAAUGUCUCCACAUCGCAGACGCACAGCUGGAUUGUAGCGGCCGCCCCUGCAGAUGGUGUAAACGGGCGUUAAGGUGCGGGAAGGGAGUGGGACAAAAACAGGAUGAGUGAGCGGUGCAUGCAGAUCGGAAGCAAAGGGGCUCUUCUUGUUAUGGUGCUCGUGAUCGGCGUCUUAGAGCUGUCCAACUCGACAGAAGGAACGACAGCAGCGCACCAUGUCCGGACAGGCACCUGCGAGGUGGUGGCGUUGCACCGCUGCUGCAACAAGAACAAAAUCGAGGAGCGGUCGCAAACGGUGAAGUGCUCCUGCUUUCCCGGGCAAGUGGCCGGCACCACCAGGGCCGCCCCGUCGUGUGUAGAUGCCUCAAUAGUGGAGCAGAAAUGGUGGUGCCAGAUGCAUCCGUGCCUUGACGGGGAGGAAUGUAAAGUUCUCCCUGAUCUGAAGGGCUGGAGCUGCGCUACAGGGAACAAGAUAAAAACCACCAAGAUUUCUGCUGACAGAGACCAGCUUUGGUAACGUCAGAUGCUCCACAACAAACCCCAGGUGACAUUUCUAAUUUUAUUAUUCUGAUAUUCAUUUUUAUCAAUAUGU